CCCAAAUCUACCUUCCUCCUCCUCUCCCUCUCUCUGAUUUCCAUUCCUUGUAAACUCGCCAAUCAAAACUCAAAAGAAAACUCUCCUGUUUUGAAUUUCUUAACGCGUUACUUCCUUCACUCUUCUCCAUUUUCAUCGCAGAAAGCAAGAAUUUUCACGGACGUUCCAAUUCAUUUUCGCAGCUAAAGCAUUUGUUUUCAAACGUUCUGUAAACUAAAAUUGAAAGUUCGUUACCUACCUUUGUUCCUCUGUAAACUAAAACGGGAAUCAAAACCUUCCAUUUUCAGCUUCUCUCUGGUAAUUCUUCACCGUGCGUAGUCAUAUACUGUAUUAUUAAUAUAAUUAAGUUUUGGCAGUUGAAGUUUCACGAAAGGAGCUCAAAAUCCAAAUUAUCCAUAUCGCUGUGAGGCUCAAAAGGCAAGGGAGAGAGUUAUAAGAAUGGCGGACUCGGACAACGAAUCGGGAGAAGCGAGAGGGAAGAACGCGGGAAACAGCGAGCUGUCGCCGAGGGAGCAAGACCGGUUCCUGCCGAUAGCCAACGUUAGCAGAAUCAUGAAGAAGGCGCUUCCCGCCAACGCCAAAAUCUCUAAAGACGCGAAGGAAACAGUGCAGGAGUGCGUGUCGGAGUUCAUCAGUUUCAUCACCGGCGAGGCUUCCGACAAGUGCCAGAGGGAGAAGAGGAAGACGAUCAACGGCGACGAUCUGCUGUGGGCGAUGACCACCUUGGGAUUCGAAGACUACGUCGAACCCCUCAAGAUUUACCUGCAGAGAUUCAGGGAGAUGGAAGGCGAGAAGACUGCUGGGGUGCGUGACAAGGACGCGCCGCCCGGUGGUUUCGCUGCGGAUGGUGGCGGCGGAAGUACUAGCAGUGCGAUGUAUGAGAUGAUGAUGGGCGGACACGUGUACGGUUCUGGCGGGUUUCAUCAGGUGGCUGUUAGUGGUGGCGGCGGCGUUGUGUUGGGGAAGGGUAGUGGUGGGCCCGGACCUAGCUUGGGUAGGCCCAGAUAGUAGUACUGAUGAAUUUUCCGGGACACGUGUACGGAUGUGGUAUGUUGACCGAUGGGAUGGGUCCUACUGGGCCUGGGCUGGAGUUAGUUGGAUAGGCUGUUGAUUUUCACACUUUUUUUGUUCUUGGGGUUAAUUUAAAGUGGGGGUAGUUUUAGGAAGACAUAAUCAUAUUUUUAAAUGGGGUUUUCUGUGAAUUAGUGGAUGUUUAAAAAAAAAAAUUAAGAAAGUAUAUGAGUUGUGAAUAGCUGCGUGUGACUGAUUAGUCUAGGGUUUAAUUUAAUGUUCAUGAUUACUGUGUUA